CUCCUGUAUCCACAGACCGAACCACUGAACGGACGACCGCUAACCGUCUUUGAAAAAAACGUGGCAAGGGUCCCGCGGAAAUCUCUCCCCCACCGGCUUCGCCUUCUCGAACUUCUAAAAUCUUCCGUUGCCCGUCCUAUUUUUACCGCCUCUUUGCCAGCUUCAUCUUCCUUCUUACUCGCCUUCCCCGCGUUCAAUUGCUUAUCCCUGCCUCUUCCCCAUACUCCUCCGAGUCAUAACUUUUUAAUUUUUUUCAGAUUCAAUGUCGACCUUCAUCACCGUCACGCCUGCUACGCCAAACGAGGGCCCUCUGCUGGCCCAGCUCAUGCACGACAGCUUCACAGAACCCUUCUACGCCAACAUCUUCCCCACGGAAAAUGGUACCGAUGUCAAGUACUACACCCGCGCCUGGACGGGAUUCUGCUCCCAGACGGAGCUUGGCAAUCCUGUCCCCGAGGGUGUCCCUACCAGCAUGAUUUCGCAGCUCGGCCUUCGCUCCGUCAUCGCUACCAUUCGUCACGAGGGCAAGAUUGUCUCGGGUGGUCUCUUCUGGAUCAUUCCCGCCGGCAAGUCGGUUUCCCAGGAGCCUCCUGCUAAGCGCUGGGGUGCUGCCUUGGAGGGUAUGAGUGAUGAGGUUAUCGAGAGUUUCUUCAAUGGCAUGAGCAUCCAGCACUCUGCCACCAUGGGCACGGAGCCACACGUCUUCGUCGAGGUCAUGAUGACACACCCUGACCACCGUGGCAAGGGAUAUGCCUCGGCCCUCUUAAACCACGCCUCCUCCCUCGCCGACAAGGACGACAUUGCCUGCUACCUCGACGCCGAUCCUGCUGCUGUUCAGCUCUACAAGAAGCAUUUUUACGAGAUCCCUAGCGUCUCUCUUGAGAACAGCGAGAUGACGCCUAUGCGACGACCAACCAAGUCUCAGCGAUCUGCUGCUACUGUUGCCCAAUAAAUUUCCAUGUUGAUCGGUUGAUUGUUAGGACGAACAGAAAAAGGAGAACGAGGUUUGGAUAUAGAUGUACAGGUGUAAAAACAGGAUUAGAUGGCAUGGUCCAAGUCACGGGUUUAGAAGUUGAAAGUGACGCGGCGUAUGAGCUAUGAACAAUGAUUUUAUUUUCAUCAAGUUUGGCAAAGGCUUAACUAUAUAUAGAAUGAAGCAUAUAUACAUUUCUUGUGAGGUUGGUUUGUACAUGUGCCACUAUGGCGUUGCACCCCUCGUUCAAGUGCAAAAGUGAAUUGAAAAAACAGAAAGACAAGAAAGAGACCUCUCAUGACGGCAUGACUUCGUUAAAUGGCAAUGUCCUCGCGGUACUUGUAGAUAACAUCCUCUGCAUCCUUGCGGAAGUCAUCCUUGAGCAGCGAGUUGCUAAAGGCCGACUUGAACCACAUGAGUGUGCGUGACGGUCCCCACUCAGGCCAGUUAUCUACAGGAUAGCCCUUGUUGGGAUCCAGGUUGUAGACAAAGUUGAAGUAGUAAGCGCGGAUGCUUCUGCUGGCGUUGUUGGGCAGGACACCGUAGAAGGCCUGCAGGAUGUCGGAAGCGUGGAAUGUGCCCAGGAUUGGCGUUCCGUAGUCGUAUGACGACAGGUACGACCAGGCCUUGAAGGUUGGGUCAAUCUCGUGAACGAGUCUCAAAGUCACGCGGCGAGUGAUGGUAAAAGUUAUGUCGCCGAGCAGGGCGGCAAGACGCUUGAAGCCGGGGUACAGCUCGUUGAAGAUGCCCGUUCUAAACGGACUGCCGGCACUGAUGUCUUCGGGAUACACGUUAACGAUCUCGCGGAGGAUGCUCACGUCAGUCCUCGGGAAGAACAAGUCCUUCAAGUAGCUGACGAUGUCGUUGGUCGUUGUGACGUUGUUCUGGAACAGCGAGAACAGCGUUCCCUCGUCCUCUUGGUCUCCGAUAAUCACGGGGACCUUUUUGAACUUUCCAGACUUGGCUGCCACAAGCGGGUUGGCGGGAAGAGUCUUGCCAUCAGGGCGCGGGAGGUAGGAGAGGGCCACAGAGUUGUAAGACAGAGCGCCUGGCACGGAGGUGGCGGCCUUGUAGAAGACGUCGUACGGAGCCUUGCGGAGACAGGCCAGAGUGUCGGAGCUACCUGCACAACCACUCCUUGCGACAACGGUGUCGUAGAUGGCUUGGGGUUUGCUGGAGUCGACAGGUUCGGCUGGAACAGCACUUCCGGAGUCCAUGAUGCCAGCUCGGAAAAGGUCCUUGCCCUUGUAUGUAGCAUUGCCACCAUAGAGCAUAAACUGGUCAAAGAUGGAGAUGGCGCCGGCCGAUUCGCCCCAUAGAGUGACCUUGGAUGGGUCGCCGCCAAAGGCAUCGAUGUUGUCUGCUACCCAUUCCAUAGCCAUGCGCUGGUCCAGCAGACCCAGAUUGGCAGCACCAUCUUUGAGGAUCUCCUUGCCUCCAAGGAAUCCGAAGCCACCUACACGAUAGUUAAUGGCCACAAAGACAAAGGGUUGGUUGUUGCCAACAGCUUCCGUCAGAAGGCUUGUAGCAUCGUAUGUGUUGGAGCCUCCCAAGUGGAAGGCGCCUCCGAAGAUCCAAAAGACAACUGGAAGCUUGUCGCCAGCCUUGGUGCCAGCUGGGCGCUGAAUAUCAAGCGUCAGGCAGUCUUCCUGGCCAUUGAGCUUGUCGAGCAAAGGCAGGGAGAGGACGCCAGUCAAAAGCUUGCUAAGAAUGUCGUGACUCUCGUUCGAGACGUACAUCUGUGGGCACGCGGGUGCAACAAGCUUGGUGCCGUCGACAUUUUCAGCCUUGCCGCUAAGACGCUGGGGAGGGCGAAGGCGCAGGUCACCAACUGGUGGCUUUGCAAAGGGGAUUCCCUUGAAAGAGUCUGCGAUCAAGCCGGCAUUGCCAAUGACACUUCCCUCGGGGUAGGAAACCUUAACUUGCGAGAAGCGCUUCUCUGGGGUAUCGGCGGCUGGGGCACCAAAAACAGUGGUGCUCAAGCACAGGGCCGACGCGACAGCCUGGGCGGAGAAUUUCAUAGUGCGUAGGGUCCUAACAGUAGAGCGUGGCGGCACGUAUAAUCGCAGCCUUGGGACAGAUAUCGUAAGCCACCUCGUUUUGCACCCCAGCCAAGAUGGAGGCAGUCCUUCGGUCUUAUAAUCCGUUAAGCUAAACGAGUCCGCAUGGCCAUAAUGACUUGGUUCAAUACAGCGACCCUUGUGCGCGUAUGCCCCGCCGCUUAGCGCUUGUUGACUUAACCAUUUUGGAGCAUCCACUGUCGGAAUGGAGCGCGAGCGGCGUCGGCAUCUAGGGCAUCGGCCGCAGGAUUGCUACUAAGGAACGGAGUAAUUAGCUUGGCAAUGAGGCAGGAUGCGC